AUGUCAUCGGAGGACUUCAAAGAACUUCCAAUCAAACGAGAUAUAUUUUCGACUAUUCUUGUUGAUAGGCCCCCCUCAUUAUCUGCUCCUCCAUGUGUUGGUUCUACUGGGGAUGAUGAGACACAAGUGCUGCCGAUUCCCAAAAAAUCCAGGACCAUAAAAACUGACAAACCAAGACCUUUUCUGUGUCACAUCUGUACAAGAGGGUUCGUUAGACAGGAGCAUUUGAAACGACACCAAAGGGCACAUACGAACGAGAAACCAUUUCUCUGUGUGUUUUGCGGAAGGUGUUUUGCAAGAAGAGACCUGGUUUUGCGGCAUCAACAUAAAUUACAUUCUGCGCUAGUUUCAAAAGAAUCCGUGAAUUCCAAGGAUAAGACUCAAAUAGAUGGUAUCAACGAUAAAAAUAUAAUUCAGAUCCAAGGUAAUAAGCAGACAAUAUUACCGACACCAAGCAAUCCUCUAGCGAAGACGGCAGCGCAGUUGAAAAAGGCCGCCAAAGAGAAAAAGAAUGGCAAGCAAGAAAAGUUGGACACAAGUCCUUCAUAUAGUAUGAGUAGUCAUAGUGCGGAGAUUCCGCCAUUAGCAGGGAACUCCUCAACACCUGCAAUGCUUCAGGAAAUUGAGCCAUCUUCGCAUUUUCCACCUGGUCCAGAUGUAAAUAUUCCAACUAGAUCUAAAAGACAUGCAUCAUUCUCAGCUUCUAGUGCAUUCACAUAUAGUUCGGAUAACUUCCAAAAGCUACACCAGCAAACAAAAUCGGAUUUUGACGAACUACAGGAGAGUGUUCCUCAUCAGGUUGGGUUCUCUACACCACAAUUAACGGCUCAACAACUUAUAGAAAAUGCUAUCGAAUCUGGUGUUGUGGAUUUGGAAACCUUGGAUUUGCCGCCGUUUUUAUCGUUAGAUGGUUUACCACCUCCAAGCUCAAGUGCGGCUGCCGUAGGGUCCGAACAAAUAGAACUCUAUCCUUCUUCUACAACGGGUACUACAUCUUGCACCAAUACAACUCCAAAUCAGGCGGCAACGGCGCCUCCUUCUCAUUUGCCUAUAGGAAGAGAAAGCAGUUCCUUAUUUCUGGCAAACACUCCUUAUUUAUCUGAUUUUCUAACAAUGGGCUCCUCCUAUGGUGGUUCGGGAGGUUUUGUUAAAUCUAUCACUGCUGAUCCUAGUUUAGAUUAUUUUAACUAUAAAAGCAGUGCUCAUUCAGAUACAAAACACAUCAACAGUUCCGUUAAUAUUAGUGUCAGUAAGAGCAAGAGCAACGAUAACGAUAACCCGAUUGAAAAAAUUCAACGUAACAAUAACGUAAGCAACGAAACCAUUCACUAUAGCGAUAUUCAGACUCACCAUGUGGAUGCCCAUGAUGAUUCAUUUAUAGAGAGUGAAGAAUGGCUAUCCAAGUUUAUUAUGGACUCUCAGAUUGACAAUGAUUUAAAACUUAGUAUAAGCCAUUUUAACGAUAUUGGGUUUAACAACUUGCACUCCCAGAAUCCCACAACCCGUUCUGAACCAAGAAACAUGCAUAAUGAAAAUAAAAACAUAGAUCAAUCUGCCAAUAAGCUCCAGUCCAUAUCUGCGAAUAUUUCUCCAACAGAGCAUUUUUCCUUGUUUAAAACUAAACCGAAAAAGGUCAUUACAAAGUUUUUAUCUGACGAUAAGAUUCCUUCAACUGCUUCACCUUCUUCAUCAUCUUCUCCAGUCCAGUUUGGUAAGAAAAAUGUAGACAUUAACGAAUUUUUAUUGGAUGAGUCUGUUUCUAAUUUAUUCACUACCAGACAAAUAGAUUUAUUCAAAAAAAACGUGGACCUAUAUUCACCGUUAUUUCAAAAUCAAAAACAAUCACUCUCUCCUACGGCCCUGACUCCAUCAUUAACUAUGCAAACCACAAGCACAGUAAGUUCGGAGAAGAAGGAUUCUCCCAAGAAAUUGGCUUUCUUUACAGAACAGCUAAGAAAUUUGAUAAUUAAGGAAAAUAACCUAAAGUCUAACUUAUUCCCUACUGUAGAUGAACUAAAUCAUUAUGUCAAUCUAUAUCAGAUGGAAUUUCAUAAAUACUUUCCCUUUAUUCAUUUAUAUUCGAUUUUACCUUCAAGUGAGAAUUAUCCUUUAGUAAUAUCAAUAAGUAUGAUUGGUGCACUUUAUGGGUUCCACUCUACACAUGCGUUAUUGUUAUCAAAGAUAGCAAGAACGAGAAUAAGAAUAUUCCUAGAGAAUACUCGAAGCAACCACGACAAAACACCAAUUUGGCUAAUGCAAGCUUUGGUUCUAUUAACGUUUACCAGCAUCUUCUCCAACGAUAUGAAUGCCUUCAGAACCGUAAAUACCCAAAUAAUGAUUUUGGUUCAACUGAUUAAAAUUGCAAAGUUGAACUUCCCGUUAGAAAAUUUCAUCAAACCACCAAUCGAAAGUGAUCAUGUCUUGGAAUAUCAAGAUAACCCCGCUGUUUUGAUCGAGUUUAAAGCUCAGUAUAAUACUCGUGAACAAAUAAACAGAAACUUCAAAUAUUUCAUUUUAGCUCAAUCGAGAAUAAGGAUCUGUCACAUAGUUUUGCUGAUUUCUAACCUUUUUAAGUCCUUAGUGGAUUUUGACUGCUGUUUCCAUUCGAUUGAUUUGAAGUGUGGUGUCCCUUGCUACAAUGAAGUAUUGUUCUUUUGUGAAAACUCGGAAAUUUGGAAUGAGCAUUUAUCAAGAUUCAAUAUUGUUUUGGAUUCCAAGUUUUCGCUAAUUGAAGUAUCCAAUGGAGAAUCAAACUACGAGAAGUGCUUGAUGUAUUUAUCCAAUGGUAAUCCUUAUCUUUAUGAAAAUGCGAAGGUUUCUUUUAAGACUUUGCUGUCUUUACUAAUCUCUAUACAUGAAAAGAUCAAUAUUGAGAGAGAUGUAUUGAAGGACAGUUACGAGGGCGACUUCCAUACAAAAGAUGUUCAAUGGAGAAUCCAUUCAAGGCCUUUGGUUGCUACAAUGCUAAAACACUGGGAACUGCUGUAUAUCAAGAAUGGUGGGAUAUUGGCUCUCAGUGACGAGAACCUGCCAAUAAUAAAUACGAACCCGUCAUUUAGAUUGAUAAUUCCCCUGUAUUUCUUCGCAAAACUAAGGAAGUGCCUUGAUAUCGCUCCAACACUAAGAUUCAUCUGGAACCAGGAUUGGAAUUCGAUGAAUAGCUCUUUAGAAAAAGUCUGCUACGAAUGGGAAUCACUACGAGAGGCUACAGAAUAUGCCGUUUCUGUUGUUACCUUUUGGAUUGAUACGGUGUCUGUAAUGAAAGGAAAAUCAACGCAAACUCCAAUUUUCACCAUAACAUGUAUCUUUGUUUCAAUCUUAGUCAUAGCCGGGUAUAUGAAGAGAUUGGAAGACUUUGCACAGAACCAGAAUAGUGAUACUAUGAUUGGUAGUUUAAAAAGCACUGACAGAAUUUUGUGGUUAAAAGCAUUCAAAACUUUAAAAAGAAUCGAAUCGCAUUUAUCUGAAAGAGAAUAUAAACUACAAACAUUUGCUGAGUUUUUAAGGGUUCCAGACAAUGGCAGCCUAGAUAUUGAGAGUUUGGAUUCUUCUUUAAUAGAAAAGGCUUUGAAUCCGCAUGCUGUUACCAACAACGCAUUAGACAUAAUCACGAGAACAAGACUAUCCUCAAGAACAUUGUAUUGCGGUGCUAGAAUCCUUGGCGAUACACCAGUCUGGCCUGUAUCCCUGUUGUUUGCGCAUGCCUUACAAUCCAGGGCCAUUUACAAUAUUAACCAUAGAAAAUCUGUAAACAAUAUAUAA